GUCAAACAAUCUACUGUAUCGCAUAAGGGGAAGUAACACUGUGUUGGAGUUUGGUCAGUGGGUAAGUCCUUACCCAAGAUGGCGUCCAGAAGCAAGAAAUUUCACAAAUGGACAAUUGAUUUUACAGGAGCAAAUAGAGGAAAAGGGGAUAAACAGUUAGCCCUGACAUCACAGACAUCCUUAGCCAGACCUUAUGGGUAUGCUGAAAAUGUGAAUGUGAAAGAAGUGGAUAAGAAAGAAGCAGAUUCACAGCUCAUAGUAAAGAAAUCCUGGGAUGUUGCUCUUGGCCCGCUAAAACAGAUUCCAAUGAAUUUUUUCAUCAUGUGGAUGGCAGGAAACACAAUCUCAAUAUUCCCCAUUAUGAUGGUGGGCAUGAUGUUCUUCAGACCUAUUCAGGCUCUUAUGUCAGCCUCAAAUACUGCAUUCAAGAUGAUAGAGGGUUCACAGCAUAUAUUGCAGAAGUUUGUUUAUAUGUUUGGAAAUAUUGUGUGUCUUGCACUUGCUGUUUACAAAUGCCAAACAAUGGGCCUGUUACCUACAACACCAUCUGAUUGGCUGGCUUUUGUAGAAGCACAAAGAAGACUAGAGUGGUCAGGAGGUGGUGCUCUUCUGUGAAUGUGAUGCUGACAUUUCUCUUCAAAACAUUAUCUUGUGUAUUAUCAAAGAAGCUUCCUGCAAGAUUAAACAAUUAAAAUUUUUAUUUGGUUGAACAUUUCAGUGUAUUGAUUACUGUAAAUUAAGGUGUAGAUGGUGUCCUUCAGUGGCCUUUCGACAGUAUUUGAGCCGUGCCAUGGGAAAACCAACAUAGUGGGUGUGCGACCAGCAUGGAUCCAGACCAGCCUGCGCAUCCGCGCAGUCUGGUCAGGAUCCAUGCUGUUCGCUAACAGUUUCUCCAAUUCCAAUAGGCUUUAAAAGCGAACAGCAUGGAGCCUGACCAGACUGCGCGGAUGCGCAGGCUGGUCUGGAUCCAUGCUGGUCGCACACCCACUAUGUUGGUUUUCCCAUGGCACGGCUCAUUUAUUGUUAAAAGCACUUGUGUAUACUGUAGAAUUUGUAAAAGGGCUAUUUGAGGUUGCAGUUUUAGUCUUAGGGAUAAAAGUAUUGUAUGUGUUCUCAGCGACAGUUUGACAGACGACAAUUUGUCCUACAUCGAAGUGGGAAAAUUAUCAGUUACUUGCCAAGAACAUUGAGUCUUUAAGAUAUUUUUGUUUCCCCUCCCACAGUCCUUGCCAUUUAAAAGCUGCAUACGUAGGUUGAGAAAUUUAAUUUUUUUUUUUGUUCAAUACAUUUUCAAUAUAUAAAUAUUGUAAAUAUGUAAUUUUUUAUGAAAAAUCAGUCAUUAAUGACGUAGCUACUUACUAAUAAUGACUCCACUUUUAUAACAGCCAUAACAGCUGGUGAAUCUUUAAUGUCAGUAACAAUUAUGAAGUAAAUAAUAUUCUUUUAGAAUUAAAACCAUGCAUUUUAAAAUAGUAUUGCGUCCAUCUUUGUGAUAAAAAAGUUUUGAUAUGGUCAAUUUUUGUGGUCAGGUAGCCAGCGGGGUAUGGGGGAUGGGUGGGGGUUGAGAACAAUAUUUUAUUUUAGGCCUCAGACAUGGUGCAGAAUCCAGGAUAUGCAGGAACACGGUUUGCUUUAGAUGACAGCAGUUAACAUAAAGUUAAAUAUUGUUGAAAAACAGCAUUGAACCAAUCAAAUAAACAAAACAUUUAGUCAUGUUGUACAUUAACAAUUCAAGAAGUGUGAUAUCUUUUGAUUAUUGUGUAUAAUAGAAUAACUCUGGGGAACAACUUUGUUAAAUCUGUACUAUAUUUGCCUUUUGUGCUAGUGUAUGACAUGUGCUUUCAAUGAGAAUUUGACCCUCUUUCUCGCCGCUUCUGCCAAUUGACUCACUGGGCAUUGUGAUCAAGCACCUUGAUGGAACCAUGAACCUUCUGGUGGGUGAAAUAUACACCUCAAAUUUUCAAAAGUGUGGUUUGAACUCUGUGACUUUCACACCAAACCUAAAGUAUACAGGAAUGGAAAGUUGACCAUAGCUUUAAGUGAAUUCUUAUCUUUUGAACUUCUAUUAAUACCAGACUUUGUUUUGAACUAUUUAAAGUUCAGUUAGAAAUUUAAGAAAGAUAAGACAGUUUCAAACGUGAUUUUAUCACAUGUUUGACAUCGUGGAAGUGAAAAGUGAAAAAAAACCUUUACCUAAUUUUGGUAUUACACUAGUGUAACAAAGCUUUGAUGCUGAAGUCGUUUUAUUUGUUGAAUUGACUCUCUCUAUAAUAGGUAGAGAAAGAUGAAAUUUUGAUGUUUCAGCAAGAAAAGCUAACAUAAUUUUUAUGAUAAAAAGAAUAUUACAUUAAAUUUUGUGUCUUUCCACAUUGAAUUUAAUAAACUUGUCGAGAGCCUCAAA